AUGUAUUAUUUAUUUUCUAUUAUUAUUAUUAUUAUUAUUUGUUUUGCAAGUUCUCAUGUGUGUGAGGAUCUUUCUCCUGCUGAAUGGCGAGAUCCGGAGCUGACCUACCGUCGGGUAGUGGGGUUCUCCCGACCCAGGUAUCUCCCAUCACUCCCAACCAGUCUACCGGUGCGUGGUAGUAGAGUGCAUGUUAGUGUAAGUGUGUGUAAGAGAGGAUAG